AUUGUAAUAGGUUUAACAUUUUCAAAACAUUGACAUAAGAGGACAGCUCCACAUCCAAACUAGGACGACUCGAGAGUGAAAACAGAUGCAUAUUAAUGGACAAGGAAAAGGAAGACGGGACACGCAAAGUCCAUAAAGUCUGGAAACACCUUACCUAUACCCUUGGUAUAUUUUGUUUGGUGCUCGUAAUUGUGAUUGCAGUAAUUAUUGUAAUGAUGAUCAAUAGGAAGGAGUCCGAUGAUAUCUUAGAAUGCUAUGGACUUCCCGCCUCUGGUGCUAUAGAUUUAACAGAGCCAGAUUUUCCACAUGUUUUUCAUGAUUUAACCAGAAAAGAAAUCCAAACUAUUCUGCACUUCAUGUUCUCUCAGAAAGAAUUAAAUUUAACUGACCCUGAAGAAACAACCAUCGCUUCAAACUACAUCUACUCGGUGGAGUUGAUUUUGCCGGAGAAAAAGGAUGUUAUUCAGCCCUAUCCCGAAACCAGAGUAAAAAGGCAAGCAAUGGUCACUGUAUUCCACGGGGGCAAAGCAAACCCUGAUAUUAGGGAAUACUAUGUAGAUAUAACAACGUCAUCACCACAAUUAACUUUGUCAAGAAAACCAGUUCCUUUCUCCUUUCGACCGUAUUCAUUUCCAGAAUAUGACAUCGCUUCGAAGAUACUAAAAGAGGAAUUGGAAAGAAAUGUCGGAGAUAUUCUAAAAGAAAGUUUCGACGGAUCAUUCACGAACUGUGGGAAUAAGUGUUUAGGGUACUUUUGGUCUGUGCCAUAUCCUGCAAAAACUGCAGGCAUACGUGAAAAGGAUUAUCGUGGUUUCUGGUAUCCACUGAUGCAGCUGAAAGAACCCGUCCAUCUACAUCCAGUUGAUUUCAUUGUCUUGUUGAGAAUGGAUGGAACCUCUAAGCCGAAAACCAGCGCCGUUUGGUAUAACAACAAGUUGUUUGAUUCGCUACAAAGUUUUAAGGAAAAAUGGAACAAUGGAGAGGUAAAUAAGAUCCGCGUUGAUUUCCCAACAUCACAUACCCACCAUGAAGUCUUUCCAGAAUACCCUCAAAGACCACCUAUUGAAGUCGAACCAGACGGAAAACGUUACACCAUCAAAGACAAAAUGGUUACAUACAUGAACUGGAACUUUAAGUUCGGAAUAUCUCCGACUCAUGGUCCCCAAUUGUAUCAAAUCAAAUUCAAAGAUACCAUGAUUGUUUAUGAAAUGGGGUUACAAGAAGCAUGCGUUUUUUAUUCGUCAACACGUCCCGAUGGAAUGUUUACAAAUUUCUUUGACAGUGUAGAGAUGCUUGGACGGUCAAUUCGUUCACUGGUUCCUGGAGUUGAUUGUCCAGGGCAUGCUACAUUUGUUGAUUCCGUCUUCAUGUUGGAAUUCUCAAGAGAACCUGUCACAAAAAAGAAUGCAAUUUGUAUUUUCGAACAUAAUACUGGCAUUCCCCUACGACGCCACCACGCACCUUAUGAACCCCCAUCUGGAUAUUACGAGGGCACACCAAGUAUUGUGCUUAUUCUUCGUAUGAUAGCAAACGUUGGUAAUUAUGAAUAUAUAUUUGAUUUUAUUUUCUAUCAGAAUGGUGCGUUUGAAACUAAAGUGACGUCAACGGGAAACAUCAUAAGUUCCGCUUUGAUAUCAGAUAGGAAAUAUGGUUUUCAAGUAAAUGACCAAUCUAUUGGAAUGAUACACCACCAUCUGUUUCAUUUCAAGGUGGACCUUGAUAUUGGAGAUUCAAUCAACAGCUAUACGACCUACAACAUUGAGAGCGACAGUGUUUCAAAUCAGUUCUCAAGUGAGACAAAUCCAAAAAAGUGGUUUCAGGAGAAAAUUGUGCAGAUGAAUUACGCUACUGAGAGAGAAGCUGCUUAUAAGUAUAACUUUAGUAGCCCCAAGUACCACGUAGUAUACACAGAAGACGAAGCACACAAAGACAAAUUUGGUAAUCGCAAGGGUUACAGAAUAUUACACAGAGGUAUGUCUAAAAGUCUUCUACCAGAAGGUUUCGGAAAUGAACCCAGUGCGUCUUGGAUGAGGUACCAAAUGGUUAUCACAAAACGCAAAGAAAGCGAACCUUAUAGCUCUUCAAAAUAUGCCACUUUCAAUGGAGAUCAACCGAUUGUUGACUUCGAAGAUUUUAUUGGAGAUGAGAAUAUACAAGGGGAGGACUUGGUUGCUUGGAUCACCUUAGGACUACACCACAUCCCACAUACAGAGGAUCUUCCUGUCGUACAGACACCAGGAACUGACGUCAGCUUCUUGUUGCUGCCUUUCAACUUUUUCCACGAAGACCCAAGUAUUGGAAUCCGUGACAACGUCCGCAUCCAUUACUCUAAAACAGAAAACCCAAGGAAGUCAUUGCUAGUGAAGAGGCAUACAAAAACGGAGGACCUGAACUGCUUACCUCCAAAGACUUACAGUAUCGAAGACCUGACAGCUGAUCCCGAAGAUUUCAUAGAUCGUCAGAAUUAGUUUGGAAUUGUACGUAGCUUUAUAUAUUUUUUUCAAAAUUACAAUUCAAUUGAAUGGUAUAUGUGUUUACCAUUUCGAUUUGGUUUAUAUGCUUUUUUUAAAUAUGAUUUCAGAAAAUAAAGCUUCUAUUAAAUUGUUAA